AAUAGGUGCGUUGAACUGCAGCUGAGGACAGGUGAGAACGUCGCAAACUGUCAGCGAGACACUGUGAUUUACAAGCCUUGACGAAUGACUCGAGCAAAUACGAUAUGAUAACGAUACUAACUACGACUACGUGCUGCUGCCGGCGAGUUGAUUCAUUUCGGCUUCGAGUAUUUAAGGCUGGCUAAAUGCCAGAGCUGGCAUCAUUCGCGGCAAAGAAACUGAAACGAAAUGUACUCCAAGCUGUCUUUAAUCGCGCUCAGUCUAGUCCUUGGCGCCAUAUGUGUGCAAAGCGCCGCUGUGGAUCAGUCCCUGCUGGUGGUGGAGCAACAGCAGCUGGAGGGCCAGACAACGGUGCAGCCAGCAGUCGAUGAGGCCAGUGUGCCAGAGCAAUGCCACCAGCCCAAGGAGACAGGUCGCUGUUUUGCGCUCUUCUACCGCUUCGCCUACAAUCUGGAUACGCACUCAUGCGAGGAGUUCGUCUACGGCGGCUGCGCCGGCAACAGCAACAACUUCGAAUCGAAGGCUGAGUGCGAGAAGGUGUGCCUGUCCAAGUCAGAGGCACCAGUGACAACAGCAUCCGCGACUGAGCAGAGCACGGAGCUGACUAAGACGCCGGCAGAGACGACAAUCAGCCCAGCCUAAUGGGAAACGCCCGGAUAGUAUCUAUAGCUAUAUAGUAUAUAAGUAAUAUUAUAGCCCUCGCUUGAAAAAAUCUCGUUUCCUCUAAACCUACCCACCCAUAUUUGCACAUCUUUAAUGAGCAUGAGUUAUUAGCUUCAGGGCUGGAAUCUUCAGUUAGCGGGCAAUAGUACUUAAGUAAAAUAAGCCCCUUUAUAGCGGAAAAUGUAUAAAAAUAUAAUAAAUAAAUCGCGUUUAAUAUUA